GGCUGCUCCGCGUAUAAAAUGGAGGGAGCCCGGGCGGCGUCGGGCGAAGACCAAGACGGAGCCGAGUUCCCAAUGGAGCCCUUGGGAAGCCGGGUCCCGGAGCUGGAGCAGCCCCAGGUCCCCGCGGAGGAAAGACGCCCUGAGAGUCCCGAGAGCAGCCCGAGUCUGGCUCCCGCAGUGAAGGAGGAGGCGGGCGCGGGCCAGGACCUGUCGGGCGGGAAGAAGCUGCCCUCGCCUCGACCCGCGCCCCUGCGGUUGCUGCCAUCCAGCCCGGGCUACAGCGCCUUCCGCCGUCAGGAGUCGGCCAGCCCGGAGCUGCCGUCGCCGGGCCCAGCCGCGGCUGAGCAGCCCCGGGACGGCGAGACGCCGGGGGCCGAGCAGAUGCUCAGGGCCGCGCCCGGUGAGCCGGCUCGGGGCGCCUGGGCCCCCGUGGAACUGCAGGUGGACGUGCGCGUGAAGUCCGUGGGCGCGGCCGGCAGCAGCUGCGCGCCCUCGCCGGCGCCCUCCACGCGCUUCCUCACCGUCCCGGUGCCGGAAUCGCCGGCCUUCUCCCAUCACGUCUCCCCAGCGCACCCGCUCCUGCGGCUGACCCCGUCUCCGGGAGGCACCUGGGGCCGUGGCACGCCGCUGGCCGCAGCCCGGACGGAGCGCGACCUCGACGCCGAGGGUUGGGCCGGUCCCGCCGAGGGGCGCGCGGAGUCCCCGGGCUCCCCCACGUGCCGCUGCCGCUGCAAGGAGGACGCCGUGCUCCACGCCGAGAUGGACGGCGACAAGAAGCUGUCCCGCGUCAUAAAGCUCGUAGAACUUUCCUGUUCGCUCUUGGUGUGCGCAGCGUCUUUGAGAAGUAGAGGUGGAAGGAAUUCCAGGCGAGGGGAGGCCUUUCAGGAUCACGUGACGGCGGUGGCGGCCCGGCAGCACCGCGGUCUCCCGACUCCUUGCUUCGGCUCGCCGAUCUCUCGCAGGUCCAGACUCCCUUUUUCCCUCUCGUAUAUUGAGGACCACUUGACCCCUAACACUCAUCCAUUCAGCAGCUACUGCUGCUACUGCGUGGGGACUUCGGACCAGACUGUGCUAGGGUGUGUGUGAGUUUUUUUGUUGCCGCGUGGCGGGUGGCGACUUGCAGGGAAGAAGAAAGAGCCUGAAAAAUACAAAAAUCCUGGACAAGGAACCAGAAGGGAGUGGCUGGUGAACUUGAGGGCAUGGGAAAGCUUCCUGCAGCUAAAGCCCUGAAAGCUGAGUAGGAGUUGGGGGUGGUAGCUCGCCUUCUGGCUGGAGGGCCUAGAGGCCUCCCCAGCAGACAACCUGCUGAAAGCUUGACCGGUUGAGAGGAGACCGGUCAGCUAGACAGGCUCCAAACCCCGAGGGCCUCUAUGCCAGGGGUUCUUAGACAUGGUAGAGUUCAGGGGCUCUAAUCACGCGGGGACUUUUGCAAAGUUGGGUGUGAGCACAUUUUCUGCACGAGAGGUGUAUCGUUUUCUGGUGCUGCUGUAACAAAUUGGCACAAACUUAGAGGCUUAAAAUGGCACUAAUUUAUUAUCUUGCAGUUCUGUAAGUCUGAAGUCUGAUAUGGGCUCAAGAGACUAAAGGCCAGAUGGCAGGGCCGUGAUCCCUGCUGGGGGCCCUAGGAGACGAUUGUUUCCUUGCCUUUUCUAGCUUCUGAGGGCGAUUGAGUUCCUUAGCUCAUGGUCCUCUGUAUAUUCAAAACCAACCAGGACUUCCCUGAUGGCGCAGUGGUUAAGAAUCCGCCUGCCAGUGCAGGGGACACGGGUUCGGGCCCUGGUCCGGGAAGA